AUGGAGCAGCACAUCUCACCGGCUGUGGGUGCCCUUCCUGAAGUGGUUCCGCUCUCUCUGGCACUCCGAUUCUCCUCUGCGGUUGGGACUGGCUGGCGUCUGGACACGCCCAGACUGCUGGCAGCCGCGAAAGCCGCUCAGGACCAGGUGAUGGGCGGAAUGUUUCCCAGACCUAAGAUUAUACCUAGCAAUCUCUUCGAGAGAGACUUCACCCUUUCCUUCUGGCUCCAACGUGAGCCUAAAAACGACGACGAUCACGAGUCUAUUCUGUGCAGUCAGGAAGACACCGCAGCAUUUACAAGGGCGUGGAACAAUUGUCUGUCCCACGCCCUUGUAAAUGCUGCCAAUCUCUUCGCUAGAUUGUGCUCGCCUGACCUCAGGCACAUCAGAUUUUCCACCAAAGUGGAGCUCCACACGCUGGAUCAGAGGCCUGCAAACUGUCAAUCGCAUGUUCCAAGUUGUUCACUUUCCUCCCCUUUAGCCACCGUCGGACGGGCGCUAUGGAUAAGCCUAAAGGGCUGCAGAAUUAUGGUCCAGAUGAUCACUCGCAAUCCGCAAACCAACCAGCCUCUCAUCGACAAGGUCUUCCGCACAUACUUUUUCCCUAGGCUACCGCCCUCGGUCUGUAAUCCCGAUGGUCUCACUGAGGGCAGCCAGCCCUGGCAUCACUACUCCAUUUCCAUCACUAUUGACCCCGAAACAGUCGAACCCACUGCCAGCACUCUAAUGGUUGACGGCGAGUCCGUAGGCACUUUGGAGCAGUUUGGGGAUACUAUUUUAGUCAAACGUCAAUCUUCUGAGUUCUUCUCGCAGUUUAUUACCGUCGGAACGUGCUACGAUCCGAGUGUGCCGGGCUCUCAGCAGUCUCUUAAUGGCGCCAUCGCCGGAAUGACGCUGCUUCUGGGCAGGAACGAGGACCAGAGUGUCUCGCGUUGUUUAGCGGAGUGCGGGGAAACUCUUCUCAUUCCACGCGCAAGCAGUCUGAUUACUGACAAUGUGAACGUCAUUCUCAACAGCGACAACAUUGUGAUUGAGUCAGCUACAAGCGCAGAAGCAGCUGCGCUUCUUAGCAACGUGGCCUAUGUGAAACCGGAGUCAACUAGCACACAACUGACUUAUGAGCCAGCGGGAUCAAAUGAUCGCGUGCUUGAAUUAUCUACCACUUAUCGAUGCGGUGGACGACAGCUUGGAAACAUUACGACAGAAAAGAUUGCUCUCAUUCUGCAGGGCUCAUAUUCGGACCUUGGAGACUCGGCAAUUGCGGAAGCACCUGAUGCUUCGGCGUGGAUGCCCAAGAAUGAGAUGCGUGUUCCCCCGCAACUCAAGCCACAGGCUCCAACGGCUCUUGUUCUUUCCAUCCUCGGACAAGACGUCAUUCGCGCCAACAUCCCGGUCUUCGAACCAGGAAUCACUAUGUUCCCGGCCUUGGAGUUCACAUUCAGCAAUGUGCCUUCGAGGUCAGCUGCAAUGUUUGUGCUGGAUCAAUGCCUGGUUCUGCCCGUAAACGGAAGCGGCCUCGACUUCAAUGACGGCGAGCGCAUCGUCUGGCCCGCCGGUCGUGCCUUCGAGUUGGGGGUGGCAGUUGAGCCCACACAAAUGGGAGUGCUUCUCAAAGGUCGCCAGACAGCCAAUCAAUACGCAAGCCUGCUCCAUGGUUUCCGCUACUGGCCACCAAUCGAAAUCGAGAAACGCACCAAUGAUAUGAGUCUGGCUUCUGGUCUCUUAAUGGAGAGGAAAUUCCAGCUCAUUUGCUCUUACAAUGAUGCUGGAUACAACACCGACCCAUUCACAGUUCAGAUCCUCUUAAGCUCGCCAGUGAUUGCGGCCGAGACCCGAGCAGGCAAGGGCGUUGUCUAUUCGGAUAGCUCGCGUGAUGACACCUCACUUGUCAACGACAACUACUUGGACAAUCCCUACGAUGACGAUGAUGACGACGAAGACUUCGACGAGGAGGACGAUGAAAUGAUGCAAGGUGACGACCCCAGCGCCGCUGAGACUGGACAGUGGCCUCCUCCUUCGGGCACAGUCAAACGCCUGGACCCUUCCCCAGCGUACAAGUCCGCAAUGGGCGUGGCGCAAUUUGCGCAUUCAGACAAAGAGGUGCGGUCGGGUGACUCUCUUCGUCUCCAAAAGAAGCAAAAGCUUGAGGAAGGUGGCCCGUCGAAGGUGAAUAACUUCGGUCUGGCAGUUGGUCUCGGCGUUGGAGGCUUGGCGGUGGUCAUCAUCAUUUUGGCCUUCUUCAUAACCAAGUCCACGGGCUUCCGUCGAGGCCAGUUGAGCUUCUUCAGACGUGUGGAUCGCAAGGGCACCGGUCGCAUCCAGUUCCGUCCCGAGGCACGGCUCAAUGUCAUCGAAAACCCCAUUGAGAAUCUAGAGGGUGGAAGAUUGAACUGGCAACCUCCAACAACUGUGCCCCCGCCGACCAUGUCAGAAGGCCUUCCAAGUCUACCAGGAGUUCACGGAGCCUAUGGUGGACGUGACGAGCAGUUCGACGCGGAGACGCGUUCUUUCAAUGGUCUCUUCGAGGAAGAGGAGGAAGAGGGAGCCGCUGCUGUCCUUGAAGAAGUCGACGACUUCGACGAGAGCGAGGCUGUGAUGACCCAGACGAUGGAAAGAGUUGACGAAGACGAUGAAGAAGGUGCCAGUGACCAGGAAGACGAGACCUCCUUCAGCAUGGGCCCCAACCAUCUGGAGUUUGUCACCCUUCCCGACCCCCGCCGGGGCUUCAACGCUGACGUCUGA